UGCGCGAAGGAAGCCCGGGCGGAAUUGGUACUAAAGGAUCUUGGCGCCAAUGCUAAUUGUCCUGAUUUAUGUCCCUUCGGACUAAGCUCAACGUCUUCAUCUGGAAUAAAAUGAAAGCUUUGCCAAGCAGGGUAGAACCGCCGGGCUGCUGGCUCUGAUCCCCGGGAAUCAGGAAUCGUCCAGCAGCUUAACAAAUUUUUUAAAAAGGGGGGGGAGGGAUAGAGAAAAAAAAAUCAGAAAUAGGAAAAAAAUAUCCCUCCGUAAAAGUUUAAGGCGAGAAGUGGCAGAGGCAGUGCGGGGAGGUGCGGAGGAGAGCCGGCAGGCGGGGGACGGGGCUGCGCGACCUCCCGGAGGCUGCGAUUCCGUUAUUAAUAUCACCCGAUUUUUGGAGGGAGAGGCACCUUUCCGGUCCUCGCUUCCUCUCCGCCCACCCCGCUCCCUCUUCCUCAUCUACCUGUCAAAGUCACUGAUCUUUUGCAUUUCGGAAGAGGACGUCAACGGGAAGGAAUUCCCCCGUCUCGGCCAGGACUCCGAGAGGGGGCGACGCGCAGGAGGCUCCCCCCAGGGGCGCGGAGGAGAAGGGGUGUUGGUGCCAGCAGAAGAGAAUGACUGAUGGGAAACAGACACCAGGCUAGAGACAUUCACCGUUUUGCUUCAGAUCCUGACAUCUGAGUGCGUCUGAGCAGCCCCUGUGAACUUGGAACGCCCAGGAUCUCCCAGGGUUAUUGGAUGCACAGCCAGAGAGCCCUCCUUUGCUGAAUCAUCAUCUGCAAUUGGACAUCUUCUACAAAACCAAACCAGACCCCAGUCCAGUGGCUAUGCCCUAGGACAGGGAACAGCCCGCUGCUGCCCAUGCCCACCGCACCAGUCAGUUAGCCUUUAGCCUCCCACCAAAGUUCUCACUGUCCCUGAACACGCACGGUAUCUCAGCCCUUCACGUUCAGUUUCGAAGUGACUUUGAGGUCUCAUCCUCUUUUUUUAAAACAUACAGCCCUACCUACAUGUAGACAUCUAUGUAUGUAAAAUAGGCACAGACCACCGCUAAGCAAGCCCUGCGUCAGUGACCGCGCGGAUUGCCAAGAACUUAGAGAUGUAUUUGUCAAGAUUCCUGUCCAUUCACGCCCUUUGGGUCACGGUGUCGUCAGUGAUGCAGCCCUACCCGCUGGUGUGGGGACAUUAUGACGUGUGUAAGACUCAGAUUUACACGGAAGAAGGCAAAGUGUGGGAUUACAUGGCCUGUCAGCCGGAAUCCACGGACAUGACCAAGUACCUGAAGGUGAAACUGGACCCUCCCGACAUCACCUGUGGAGACCCCCCUGAGACGUUCUGUGCAAUGGGCAACCCCUACAUGUGCAAUAACGAGUGUGACGCAAGCACGCCCGAGCUGGCGCAUCCCCCCGAGCUGAUGUUCGACUUCGAAGGAAGACACCCCUCCACCUUCUGGCAGUCUGCCACCUGGAAGGACUACCCCAAGCCUCUCCAGGUUAACAUCACUCUGUCUUGGAGCAAAACCAUCGAGCUCACAGACAACAUAGUCAUCACCUUCGAGUCGGGGCGUCCAGACCAAAUGAUCUUGGAGAAGUCUCUGGAUUAUGGGCGCACAUGGCAGCCCUAUCAGUACUACGCCACAGACUGCUUGGAUGCUUUCCACAUGGAUCCCAAAUCCGUGAAGGAUUUAUCGCAGCACACGGUCUUAGAAAUCAUUUGCACCGAAGAGUACUCCACGGGGUAUAUGACCAAUAGCAAAAUAAUCCACUUUGAAAUCAAAGACAGGUUUGCGUUUUUUGCUGGACCGUGGCUUCGUAAUAUGGCUUCUCUCUACGGCCAGCUGGACACAACCAAGAAACUCAGAGAUUUCUUUACGGUCACAGACCUGAGGAUCCGGCUGCUGAGGCCAGCCGUCGGGGAGAUCUUCGUCAGUGAGCCGCACUCCGCACGCUACUUCUAUGCGAUCUCGGACAUCAAGGUCCAUGGCAGGUGCAAAUGUAACCUCCACGCCACUGUGUGUGUGUAUGACAACAGCAAACUGACCUGUGAAUGUGAGCACAACACUACAGGUCCAGACUGUGGGAAAUGCAAGAAGAAUUAUCAGGGCCGACCUUGGAGCCCAGGCUCGUACCUCCCCAUCCCCAAAGGCACUGCAAAUACCUGUAUCCCCAGUAUUUCCAGUAUUGGUAAUCCUUCAAAGUUUAAUAGGAUAUGGCCGAAUAUUUCUUCCCUUGAGGUUUCUAAUCCAAAACAAGUUGCUCCCAAAAUAGCUUUGUCAACAGUUUCUUCUGUUCAAGUUGCAAACCACAAGAGAGCCAAUGUCUGCGACAAUGAGCUGCUGCACUGCCAGAACGGAGGGACGUGUCACAACAACGCGCGCUGCCUGUGCCCCGCCGCCUACACCGGCGUCCUGUGCGAGAAGCCGCGGUGCGAGGAGGCGGGCGGCUGCGGCUCCGACGCGGGCCAGGGCGCGUCCCCGCACGGCCGCCCCGCGCUGCUGCUGCUGCUGCUGCUGCCGCUCGCUUCGCUGCUGGUGAUCUAGGGGCGCGGCGGCCGCCCGCCCUGGGCCCUGGGGAGCGGACACCACCGAGCGUUUGCUGCUGACAUGAAACACACACUCAGACACCCCCACUGACACGCGUGAACGAACGAGAAAGGCCCGACUGAACUAAGCCAUAUUCAUCAGCCGUGGACAGCACAUCCGAGUCAAGACUUCAUCUCUGACUCCAGAGCGGGCAGCGCCGACGGGGUCACUAAAGAUCACCUUGUCAGCUGCAGAGCCUAUUGCCCUCGGGAAAGGCUGGGACAGGCCCCUGCACGGGAAAGACAAAAAUAAAAAAUAAAAAAUCAACCAACCUGAAAACGUGUGUACUCUCACGUGGUGCGCCCCAGGACCGCUCCGCCCAGAGCCUGGACCAGGCAGGAGUGCUCUUUGCUGGUGGCCACUGUGGGUGUAGGACAUCUGCUUGGGCUGCCAUCGCCGCCUCAGCCCCGACUCCCUCCGGCCUGUGCUUUAGUGAACGUUGCUCUGUAACCUAGUUGGUUGAAAGAUUCCGUUGUCUGAUGUCAGUAGUGCACAUGUACGUCUAACAGGCCUGGGAGCGCCCAGUCAGCCCCUCUAUGUAAGCUGCGCGAGCCUGCGGUGCCCACACCCGCUGUCCCAGAGUGGCCACAGGGAAAGAGAAGUGUAUCUAUCCUUUUGUAUUCAAAUGAAGUUAUUUUUCUUGAAAUACUGUAAUAUGUAGAUUUUUUGUAUUCUUGCCAAUUUGUGUUACCAGACAAUCUGUUCAUGUAUCUCGUUCGACUCAGCAAAGACUGACCUUCUCCUCCGUUCUCUUCUGUUCCGCUUCGUUUCGCUGUGCAGAGGUGUCUCUGUAAGGGCAACCGACGCGCUGGCAUCAAAGAAUAUCAGUUUACAUAUAACAAGUGUAAUAAGAUUCCACCAAAGGACAUUCUGUUUUCUUGUUGCUUUAACACUGGAAGAUUUAAAGAAUAAAAAUUCCUGCAGAAAUGAUUUCAGGAAUGUGUAUUGCAAUUUCUUAAGAUGCAAGGAGAAGCCACCGAGCAGAUUCACAUUCACUUUACCGAUUUCUAUGUGGACUGAAUACACUCAGCUGACGAAUUUAGUGCCGAGGAAGAUGGAAUGAUGUUCACUAGCUUGGACAACUUCUGCAAAAUAUGAGACUAUUUCCACUUGGGAAAAUGAUAACGGAGAAAAAAAAUCUAAGUGAUUGCCAAGAUUAUGCCAAAGCCUGUUGGCAGAGUACUAAGAGACUUUUAUUUUUCAGUCAUGCUAUUUUCACAGAUUGAUGUGACCAUGUGACUCUAGGGAUGCUGAUCUAUGUAUCUUUCCAAAUACAGUGUUUACAUGGGGUGUCAUAAGGGGCAACCUGGGGAACCAGGGAAGUCGCAGGGAAAUUAAGUGAUUAGCAAUUUGACUUUGAAUAUAUUCAGACGAACUAUUUAGAGGAAAUAUCAACUAUAGAGCAGCAAGUAGACAUAACUGCUGUUCCUGAGAAUAAAGUUUGUUUUAAGUACCGCCCAAGGUGUAAUAAAUUCUUGUUUCUGCCUUUUAUUAGGCCAAUUACCGUGCCAGACAGCAAAGGGCGGCGGGUGGGGACUGCCAGGCUUCUGAGGGGCCAGAACAGUGUGCGUCCCAUUCCGAGCACACGUGUCCUACAGGUUACAGACAUGUUAGCAGCAGCCUCUCCUGCAUUCAGAAACAAUUAUCAGCCCAAAACAGAGUCUCAAAGACAAUGAAGUCCUACAUGACGUGGUAGCACCAUAAGCUAUGCCAGUGUUAGGUUGGGAGCCUGCUUCCUAUCUGAAUCCU